GUUCCCCACUCAUUGCGUGACCCGCCCCAAGUCAGCCGCUUCCCGCUCCGCUUAAACAUAUAUGGCCAAGAGCGCCAGCCCGUUUCUCUUUAGCGGUUACCCACACAUCGUUUAAAAAUUCCGCCCAAAAAGAAAAGACGAUUUAAAAGAAGCCCAGGGACGUCUUAUUUGGGCGUAUACACGGAAAAGGUAUACAACAUCUAUCCAGAGGGACGGCGGCUCUACCAAGAGCAAUUUGAUUUCAACGCAGAGCCGCCUUGGGAGCCCAGCUGAUAGUUGGGGCCAUCCGCCUCCCAGCUGCUCCGCUUUGUUGCAUAGCUAACGGACUUUCUACUGCUACUGAAACCUUGGACAAAAUUUUCGUCAUUCCCCGAAUACGUUGUUUUGGAUUUGCGUCGACUGGAAAAGAUGAAAGGAUUUAAGGAACAAGACAUGCCCUACUUCUCCCUCCUGUCUGAUGGGAUCAGCACCCGUGACUUCCUCGAUGAUACCAUCCGCGGCCUCGUGUUCUCAGAUGAAAAGGAUGCGUUUUAUGUGGCGGACCUUGGCGAUGUGGUACAGAAGCACGCACGCUGGCUUGAGCACCUGCCUCUUGUCAGCCCCUUCUACACCGUCAAGUGCAACGAUGAGCUGCCAGUGCUGCGGGCGCUUGCUGCCAUGGGUGCUGGUUUUGACUGCGCAAGCAAGAAUGAGAUGGCUCUAGUGCUUGGCUUGGGCGUCCCAGCGGAGCGCAUCAUCUACGCCAACCCGUGCAAGCAGGUGUCCCAUAUCAAGUACGCGGCGCGCCACGGUGUGCAUACCAUGACCUUCGACAACGAGGCGGAGCUGGAGAAGGUGGCUCGCAACCAUCCUCAUGCCCGGCUGGUGUUGCGAAUCAUGGCUGACGAUUCUAAGGCGGUUUGUCGCUUGAGCGUGAAGUUUGGAGCCAGCCUCAAGAGCUGCCGCCACCUGUUGGAGAGGGCACGCCAACUCGGGGUCAAUGUCAUCGGCGUCAGCUUUCAUGUGGGAAGUGGCUGCAUGGAAGCCGAGACCUUUGCCCUGGCUAUCGCAGAUGCACGCUGCGUGUUUGACAUGGCCGUGGAAUUUGGAUAUUGCUUGAGUCUCCUUGACAUCGGAGGUGGUUUCCCUGGUUCUCCCGAUGCAAAAGUUACAUUUGAAGAGAUUGCAGGGGUGCUGAACGGGGCUCUGGAGCGCUACUUCCCCGCCGAGUGUGGCGUGCGCGUGAUUGCCGAACCAGGGCGCUUUUACGUGGCCUCAGCCUUCAUGCUCGCCGUCGGUAUCAUCGCCAAGAAGGCCGUGGUCCAAAACAGCCUGGACAAUGAGGAAGCGAGCAGAGAUGACCAACCUGCGUACAUGUACUAUGUCAACGACGGCGUGUACGGCUCCUUCAACUGCAUCCUCUUCGACCACGCUAAUGUCUUGCCUCUCACACAUCGGAAAGUGGAUCCGGAUGAGCCACUGUUCGAGACAUCUGUGUGGGGGCCCACCUGCGACGGACUUGACCGCGUGUUGGAGUGCGUCCUGCUCCCCGAGCUGCACCUGGGAGACUGGUUAAUCUUUCAGCACAUGGGAGCCUACACCCUGGCCGCUGCCUCGACCUUCAACGGAUUCCAGAAGCCUAUUGUGCACUAUGUCAUGAGCAGCGAGGACCGUUUGCUGAUGCAGGAGCUGUUGUCGGGGAUGGAGGAAGUCGUGCUGGGCCCCUGUCUGCAGUCCUCUUGCGGAGACAAGCUGGGUCUGCCUCCCACCCACCUCCCGCCUGGAGUCAAUGCUUGACCCCACGCACACCCCCAACUCUUCUAUCCAACCUUCCUAUAUUUCCCCACGCAAAAUCUUUCCACCCAUCCCCCCAAUUCAAGGCCAAUCCAAGGUUUCAGUAGCAGUGAAAGUCCCUCACAUUCCAAGCUUGCAUGUUCGCACGCGCAUUUGCUCUUCAGUUUUUUUGUCUUUCCUGGGACCAGUGACUUUUAUUUAAAGUAAUUUUUGUCAUCCAUCCUGUUGUCCCCUCUUCUCUGAACACUUUCCUCUGCAUCUUCCAUUCAGCUUUACCAAGUUUUUCCUGCGUAUUCCCUGCUUAUCUUUGUUAAAGUAUCUAUUCUGCUCCUUUGUUUUCUUAUGCUGUUUCCUUGUCUAACUUUUUUUCUCAGGUUUUUUCUGUCUCGAACAGUGCCCCAAUUCAAAACCUGAGCUCAAACGUGUGCCGAACCUGCAAGCUUGACAUUUAGCACGAAAAAUAUCCAAUUAGCAGCAGCAUGCAACACAGCGGAGGACUGGUAGAGAUGGAUCCAAAGAGAGAGAUUCUAGAAUGUAGGACAUUUUCACAGUAACCUACAACCACCAACGUUCAAGACUUACAAUUUUUUUUUUGAGUUUUGCUAAAUUUAGCCUUUUGUCGGUUUUAUACACACUUUUUGUUCAAUGAAAUAACUUCACAUCUUGUAUGUGUACCACUUGAUGAAUUUCGAAAACAACUUUAAUGGAAUUUUAGCAGCACAUUUGUUCGCUGGAUAAAUUGUCCUGUGAGUUCGUAUUUGUGCUGCUCAGGGUAAGAUUUCCAUUUGUUUCAAAUAUGACCCUCACCCGAUUUGACUUAUCAAAUAUUGUAGCGUGUACAUGAAUGUACAUGUAGUUUAAGAAAUAUCGGUCCAUUGUUCAAUGAAUUGAAAUAUAGCUGCAAAAUCUUCAGCUCACAAACUGCCAAGUUUUGACAAAUUAAUAAGGUAAUUUGUAUUUAAUAAUUUAAAAUUUUCUAAUUUCUUUGACAGUUGUACGCAGCACCAAAUUUUGAUUUAAAAAAUGUAUUUAGCAUUUGUCAUGCGUUCGCCAACUCAUGGAUAUUAACACGCAUGUCUAGCUCUGUAGCUUUGUGCAUUGAAUAAUCUUCAAUGUGUGUUGUGUAAUUUGGUCAAAUUGAGGUAAAUCUCAUAAAUGUGCUGGUAUAACAGCAAUAAGGUGAUGCGGCUUUAUAAUAUUUGAGAGUUCGUAGCAAAUUGUUGGGAUGCGAGUAUAACAUGUGGAUGAAAUGUCACUUUAACAUCUCGCGUUGAGCAUUCUUGAACAAAUAAGGACCUAUCUGUUGAACUUUGUAAAAGCCCUGAAAAUGUAUGUUGCUCAUGUGAGACAUUACAAUCUGUCUUCUAAGAAAAUGUGCACCUUACUAUGAAUAAAACAAACAGUGAAUCAUAAUUUAUAAAUUUUACCCCUUGUAGUCUUGAGUGUGUGUGUAAGCACUAUUCUGUGUGAAGCAUUUUAAUUCGCGUCUUAGGUUCGGUGAUAAAUGGAUGUAGAGAGCCACAUGGGUUACCGUGAAAGUCCUUUUGUGUUGGAAGUUAAGACAGUUUUGUACUAAGCGUGGUGUGCGAUAGGGUUAGGGUUGCCACUUCCUUGUGGUGUUGUCCUAUCACUGUGGAUCCAUGAGGUUGUCUUAGCCAGUGCUUUAAUAAAGGCCUCAAUUAAGAA